AUGGAAGGGAACAACAUUUUGCUUUCAGAUACGGAUAAGAACUUUUCGAAUCUCGGGAAAAUAUGUAAGCCAGACAUUAAAGCAAAAUCGGAAAAUCAUAAACACCAGACUAUGUGAAAGGUGAAAAGAGGUAUCUUCCUCCAACUUUUCGUAGGCUUGGUCUCGUGCCUCUGAUCUUCACCCUCUUUGGACUUAAUUUAGUCACCUUCAAGAGUUAUUUUAAACGUAACUUAGGAAGGAGAUAUUAUUAGAAAAAUAGAUAUUUUCAUAAUUUUCAUUGACCAGGGUUGUCAAAGACUUAUUUUCUUGCUCUAAUCCACCUCUUUGUGGCUAGAAGACGAUAACAGAGGCUUCUGAGGCUUUAAUGAUACUAGUUAAAUGCCCUACUUUGACUCACACAGUUUGAGACUAAGUUUAAAAUAGGGACUAAAGUAUUCAUUUCUUUGAGAUUUCAGUC